CAACAUCCCAUGACAGGCGAAGUGGUGGAAGUGAUUGCCCCGCAUCCAUCCUGGGCGGCCUCCAAGAACCCUAAAGUUUGAGUUUUGGAUAGAAUGGAGCUCCGUAGCAGCAGUCCUGAGGCUUCCAGGGAGGCGCUUACGUCGCUCAUCACCAGGCGCUAUAGGAUUGCCGGCCCCAAUGAGACGGUGCAACUCAUGGGCGAUUACCUUAAGAUCCUUCAGCUGGAGGAGCCUCUGAAGAAACUCAGUGUCAUUCACGUCGCAGGAACCAAAGGAAAGGGAUCGACUUGUGCUUUCUCCGAGAGCAUUUUAAGAGCCUGUGGAUACAAGACUGGCCUUUUUACGUCGCCACACCUCGUGGACGUUCGUGAAAGAUUUCGAUUCAAUGGAACUGAAGUGUCGGAAACUCUGUUCCAAGAAUAUUUCUGGUGGUGCUGGGAUCGUCUACAGGAAGGAUGCAAAUCCAACUUGCCUAUGCCCUCGUACUUUCGGUUUCUCACAUUGCUGGCUUUCAAGAUGUUCACUUCAGAAAAGAUUGAUGUCGCUAUUCUGGAAGUUGGUCUCGGUGGUAAAUAUGAUCCAACAAAUGUGAUAGAAACACCGGAUGUCUGUGGUAUAACCUCCUUGGGAUUUGAUCACAUGGAAAUACUCGGACACACGCUCCCCGAAAUUGCUGGGGAAAAAGCGGGAAUCCUCAAGCCACGGGUUUCUGCUUAUACUUCGCCUCAACGCGAGGAUGCCAUGGCCGUCCUCCAAGCACGAGCAGCUGAUCUAUCGAUUCCACUCCAAGUCGUCCAUCCUCUAGCAGACACUGGAAACUUGGAACUUGGGCUCAAGGGCGAUCACCAGCUUGUAAAUGCGGCUUUGGCAGUGUCACUGUGCAAGCACUGGAUCAAGAAAAGGGGGAGCGACGAGGCUAUGGGAAAUGAUGAUCUCCCUGACGCGUUCAAGACCGGCCUAGCAAGCGCGCAACUGUUAGGCCGUGCUCAGAUUGAACGCGAUCUCGAAAACUUGAUGCUAUACUUGGAUGGUGCGCACAGUCCAGAGAGCAUGGAAGUGUGCGGCAACUGGUUCUCAAAGGCUGUAAAGAGUUCUUGCCAAAAAAAUCCAAAGCAGAUCAUGGUGUUCAACUGCAUGCCGGAGAGAGACCCGGCGAUCCUCUUCCCGUCCCUUUUGAACGCGUGUCGCGGCCAAGGUGUUCGUAUUGACAAGGCGGUGUUUGUGUCCAACAGUCACGGAACCCCGACAUCGGACUUGAAAUGGCAGCGAUAUCUUCAGAAAUGCUGGGACAGUCUUCAAUCACCAGCAGCGGGUAGAGAUGAGUUUUGCAAUCCGGUCGCUACUCAAGAAGAAGGAGAAGCAGUGAGUACGACGGAGUAUAGCAUGGUGAUCCCGUCUCCUGGUGUGGCUUUAAACUUCCUACGGCGACUAGCGCGAAGCUGUCCUUCAUUCUCCGUAAACGUUUUGGUAACUGGUUCGCUUCAUCUGGUUGGAGAUGUCUUGAACCUUUUGAAGCGGUAGAAUUACCAUUCUCUUGGUAAAGAGUUAUACUAUUUGGAGGGAAAUGGAUCAUUGCUGUUCUUCAAGUCACUGACAAGCUUGUCAACCAGCACUCUGGUGACACGAUCCAUCAGAUAAAUAUGCGAGUAGUGACGAGACUCCAUUUCCCCGGUGCUGGGAUUCACUACCCCGCUGACAACCUGGUUGCACAGCGAAAACCUGGUCACGAUCUCGUCACUGGGGCCUCACCGCCAACGCCAGAGGGCUUCGAGCAACAUACAAAUCCAUGCCAAGCAUUGCCUUCGCAAAAGAGUAGUGCGUGUCUUGCGAGUAGAAUGCGCUUUUUGUAGAAACAGAGGAGAUUGGCUCAAAGGCUUGAUGGAACUCUGGCGAUAGAUGGGACGUUUGUUAUUGUCAUUGUUGGAGACUAGGAACUUCCCAGCGAGGUAGUCUCGGGCAUUCCACAUAGCGGUGAUGUUUCCUUCAGUGGAACCCAUGGCGAGACAAAACCCCCAGUAAGAGAUGCUUGGUGUGGCCACCUCGCAUCGAGCAUAAUAAUCUAGAACAGCACGCAUAUAUUGUGUU